UAAAAAAGAAAGACAGAAAAAAAGAGCACAGAUUAAGUGCGUGCGUGCACAUCUCAUGCAUUACAACAAUGCAGCAGUCCAAAUUACCGCAGGUGGAUGGAUUAUAAAUGAACUCGCCCAUCCCUGAAACGGCACAUACAGAAGACAUGCUUCAAUCAAUGCAGGACAGUGGGUGAAAUCAUGCACUGCAGCAAUAACUGGCAACUGUUACGGCUGAUGUGAAACAGCUGGUGUCAGCAGCGGAGAUGUCUGCGUGUCUCGUGUCAAUGCUUGGAGAGCUCAGGGAGGCACCAGUUGCUCCGCCGCCGCUGUUUUAGUGGACCAUCCACGUCUCCGUUACUGAGUGAUGCGCACACUUUAUAACACCUGAAACGAUCACGGCGGAGGAAUAAACGGUGCGAGUGUUUUAGUUUCUGGUCCGCGUUGCUCUCGGGUGCUGCUCACUAUGGUGGAGCUGGAGAAGGAGGUGCUGCCGCUGCCACCGCGGUACCGAUUCCGAGACCUGUUGCUCGGGGACUGGCAGACGGACGACAGAGUGCAGGUAGAGUUCUAUGUGAAUGAAAACACUUUCAAGGAACGCCUGAAGCUGUUCUUCAUCAAAAACCAAAGAUCCAGUUUGAGAGUGCGACUCUUCAACUUCUUUCUGAAGGUUCUGAGCUGCUUGCUGUACAUUGUACGAGUCCUGCUGGAUGACCCUCGGGAGGAAAGAGAUUGUCCUGGCUGUCUCAGACAGAAUGCCUCUGCCCACAACAGAAGCCAUUUUGACUGGUCCCUCAUUAUUUGGGUGAACAGGCCUCUGCCACUCUGGGCUCUUCAGGUGCUUGUUGCAUUCAUCAGUUUUUCAGAGACCAUGUUGCUGGUUUACCUAAGCUACAAGGGCAACGUUUGGGAACAAGUCUUGCGCAUUCCCUUCAUUCUGGAGAUGAUCAGUGCCGUCCCUUUUGUGAUCACUGUGAUUUUGCCCUCCCUCAGAAACUUGUUCAUUCCUGUUUUCCUGAACUGCUGGCUGGCCAAACACGCUCUUGAGAACAUGAUUAAUGACCUGCACAGAGCGAUUCAGCGCACACAUUCAGCCAUGUUCAACCAGGUGCUCAUCCUCAUCAGCACCCUCCUCUGCCUCAUCUUCACCUGUAUUUGUGGUAUUCAGCACUUGGAACGAGCCGGGAACAACCUGACACUCUUUGACUCUCUGUAUUUCUGUGUUGUCACUUUCUCUACGGUGGGCUUUGGGGACGUCACACCUCAGAUCUGGCCGUCCCAGUUGCUGGUGGUCAUCAUGAUCUGUGUGGCUCUUAUAGUUCUGCCAAUACAGUUUGAGCAGUUGGCUUUCCUAUGGAUGGAGCGACAGAAGUCUGGAGGAAACUACAGCCGUUACCGUGCUCAGACUGAGAAGCAUGUAGUGUUAUGUGUCAGCUGUCUCAAGAUAGACCUGCUCAUGGACUUCCUCAACGAGUUCUUUGCUCACCCCAGACUGCAGGAUUACUAUGUGGUCAUCUUGUGUCCUGCUGAGAUGGACGUCCAGGUGCGGAGGGUUCUUCAUAUCCCGCUGUGGGCACAGAGGGUCAUUUACCUGCAGGGGUCUGCACUCAAAGAUCAGGACCUAAUGAGGGCAAAAAUGGAUGAUGCCGAAGCCUGUUUCAUCCUGAGCAACCGGUUUGAAGUGGACCGAUUUGCUGCUGACCAUCAGACCAUUCUUAGGGCCUGGGCCGUGAAAGACUUUGCUCCAAACUGCCCACUUUAUGUGCAGAUCCUCAAACCUGAGAAUAAGUUUCACAUCAAGUUCGCAGAUCAUGUGGUUUGUGAGGAAGAGUUUAAAUAUGCUAUGUUGGCCCUGAACUGUGUGUGUCCUGCCACCUCUACCCUGAUCACACUGUUGAUUCACUCCUCUAGAGGACAAACAGCAUCUUCAGAAGCCUUCAGGCAGCGAGCGGGAGCCUUCCAGCCCCUCAACAGGGAAGGUGGUGCCAGCUCAGUCGAUCAAUGGCAGCGCACCUACCGGCGCUGCGCAGCCAAUGAGGUGCACCACAUCCGACUGGAGGAGAGCAAGUUUUUUGGAGAAUAUCAGGGAAAGAGUUUCACCUUUGCCUCCUUUCAUGCACAUAAGAAAUACGGUGUGUGUCUGAUUGGGGUGCGCAGGAUGGACACCGCCAAUAUCCUCCUGAACCCUGGACCUUGUCACAUUAUGGGAGCCUCUGACACCUGUUUCUACAUCAACAUCUCCAAAGAGGAAAAUUCAGCAUUUGUCCGUGGCCACAGAGAGCCGGUGCGAGGCCCCGGGGGUGAUUCCAGGGGGGUCCCACAGACCAUCUAUCAUGGCCUCACUCGCCUGCCAGUGCACAGCAUCAUAGCCAGCAUGGGCACGGUGGCGAUCGACCUACAGGACUCAAGUGACAGCAGUCCUGAAGGCUCGGGGCCGGCAGCUCUGGGCAGUGGGACGGUGAGCAGAAGUGGCUGCAGGACAGAAGUGAGCGUUUGUAACACGCUAUCGCUGCCUGCCGUCAGUGGCUCCGGUGAGGAAAGAAGACACAGCAUCGCCCCUGUCCUGGAAGUGGUGGACGGUGUACACAACUCCACGUUUGACCUGCUGGGGGACCAAUCUGAGGACGAGGGAGGAGAGGAGGGCAAGGAGGAGGAUGGAGGAGAGCAGAAAGGCCAGUGGUGGGGAGCACACUGCGAGUGGGUUAAAGGCUACCCACUAAACUCUCCAUACAUCGGCAGCUCUCCAGCCCUCUGCCACCUUCUGCAGGAGAAAAUGCCAUUUUGCUGUCUGCGUCUGGAUAAAGCUUGUCAUCACAUGCCCUAUGAAGAUGCUCGCUCUUAUGGCUUCAAAAACAAACUGAUCAUCGUAUCAGCGGAAAGUGCUGGAAAUGGCCUUUAUAACUUCAUCGUCCCUCUGCGAGCAUAUUACCGCCCCAGGAAGGAGCUUAACCCCAUUGUUUUGUUAUUGGAGAACGUACCUGAGGCAGACUUCUUGGAGGCCAUCUGCUGGUUUCCUAUGGUCUUUUACACAGUGGGCUCCAUUGACAAUCUGGAUAGUCUUUUGCGUUGUGGUGUGACAUUUGCUGACACCAUGGUAGUUGUGGACAAAGAGAGCUCUAUGAUUGCAGAGGAGGACUACAUGGCUGAUGCCAAGACCAUUGUUAAUGUUCAGACACUCUUCAGGCUUUUUCCAGCUCUCAGUAUUAUAACCGAACUCACACAUCCGGCCAACAUGCGAUUCAUGCAGUUCAAAGUGAAAGACCACUAUUCUCUAGCUCUUUCCAAACUGGAGAAGAAAGAGAGAGAGAGGGGCUCCAACCUAGUGUUCAUGUUCAGAUUACCGUUUGCGGCUGGAAAGGUGUUUAGUGUCAGUAUGUUAGACACUCUGCUUUAUCAGUCUUUUGUGAAGGACUACAUGAUCUCCAUUACCAGACUGCUGCUAGGUCUAGACUCCAUGCCUGGAUCUGGUUUCCUCUGUGCUAUGAAGAUUACAGAGGAGGAUUUGUGGAUUCGUACUUAUGGUCGUCUCUACCAAAAGCUGUGCUCAUCGACUGGUGACAUUCCCAUCGGCAUCUACCGCACAGAAGCACAUAAACUACCCGUCUCAGAGUCUCAGGUGUCCAUCACGGUGGAAGACUAUGAGGAUACACGCGAGCCCCGUGAGCCUCUGCUCUGCCGCUCCGGUCUUCAUCGCAACUCAACGUCAUCAGAGCCGCCCUCCUCCUCCUCAUCCUCACAAGCCAUGGACCACCCUCUACUGAGGAGGAAGAGCAUGCAGUGGGCACGACGACUAAGUCGUAAGAGUGGACGAGGAUCCGGCGGGGCGAAGGGAGUGGGGAGCGCAGCUGAGCGCAUCACCCAGCAGAGGCUCAGCCUGUUUCGCCGCUCCGAGAGGCAAGAGCUCAAUGCUUUGGUCCGCACACGCAUGAAGCACCUGGGGCUCUCACCAUCUGGAUUCAAUGGGAUGACAGACCAGGGCAACAGACUGUCCUAUAUUCUUAUCAACCCUUCCCCUGACACACGCCUGGAGCUUCAUGAUGUCGUGUAUCUGAUCAGACCUGAUCUUCUGUCACCAGUGCCUAACCAGGCCGGCAGUCGCAAACCCAGCGCAGGGCCAGCAGAAGGACACAGAUUCGACACACAGGAUAGCACUCACCUAUGAACACAAUUACCACAGGCCACCAGCACAAGAAUCACCUCCUGCACAGAAAAGACAUGCACAGAUGUGUGUGUUUGUAUGUGCAUGGAAGGUUGGAACUGUGAGCUGAAUCUACACUGUAAAAAGUGAUCUUGCUUUUAGUUGCCUUUACUCAAAUUCCAUGUGCCGAGUGUCAAAACUUAGACUGUUGCAAGAAAUUCACUUUUUAAGCUUUCAUUGAAUCAUCUCAUAGAGUACACAUCAUGCCUAAGAUAAGAUGCAAUGAUACUUUGCAUUAACAAAAUUUAGCUGGUUUAAAAAAAAUUUGAAGUAUUUUAAAAUGUUAAAGGGAUAGUUCACCCAAAACGGAAAAUUCUAUUAUCACUUACUCAAACUUGACUUGUUACAAAACUUCGAGUUUAAUUUAAUUUAUUUUGAAAAAAUGUAACCUUUGACUUUUAUAGGAAAUACAUAAGUAGAAAAAAAAUACUAUGGAAGUCAGUGGUUACUGAUUUCUAACAUUUAAAAAAAAUAUAUAUUUUUAUGUUUAACAGAAAAAGGAAACUUAUAAGGGGAUUUAAAGACUUGAGUGAGUUUCAAGUUUAUUUUGGAGUGAAAUAUCCCUUUAAAAAUUAAAUCCCUCUAAAUUCAGACCAGCAUGCUAAGUUCACUUGUAUCAAAUUGUAAUGUCAGAUAUUUUUCUUGUUUGUUUUUUGUAAAAUUGCAUAUAUUAUGAGCAUACUAUGGUAUCUACAAAUUGUCUUAAAUAUACAAUUAGGCAGUGACACUUAGAUCAAAAAUUAUAUAAGGAUUGAUUUUUUUUUAAUGCUAUUAAUUUAAGUUUCCAAAAUUUCUAAAUUUCUUCAUUCCACCUCUGUUGUGGCCACUUAAUUUUUGUUUUGUUCAUUUUUAACAUACACUACCUGACAAAAUCUUGUCUAUCCAAGUUUUAGGAACAACGAACAAUAACUUGACUUCUAGUUGAUUAUUAACAUCAGGCGUGGCUUAUAUAAAAGUCAAAGACUUCUAGAUUCCACUUAUUUUAACGAAAUAAAAUAUGAUCAUGCAUUAAUUCUUAAUUAUUUAAUCAAGACAGUAAGGUCUGCUUUUGCUUAGACAAACAUCUUGUAACUCAACAUAAAUUAUGUACAGUGUAUAAUAUAAAGUCAUGGUGCAAUGGAAAAAGAAUUAAUAUUGUGUAUGAU